GACGUUACUGUUUUGUUCCUUGUUUGUUAAAGCAGCAUAACUGUCUUCCUAAGAAAAGCAAUUUCAUCUGCAAUUAACGUAAACAUGGGCAGCAGUCUGAUAUGUUGCUUUGCCCUCGUUUUUCUUUGUACGCCAGUGUCAACGAAAUUCGUGUCUCCGCACACUGAGGGAUGCCGCACUGGCAUGUAUCCACCGAGGGGUCCAACUUUCAAAGGCGCCGUCACUUGGUAUACGGUAGACCUGGAUUUGCCCCCUAGCAAACGAUGGACUGGAAUAAUUACUGACAAGAAAGUGGAUUUGGUAUCUAUGAUCCAAGCCAUCAAAGAUUUGGCAGACUCCUUCGUUCCCAGUGGGAGACUAAUUGAAAUUGUGGAUAAAGAUUUGCCUCUGAUCGUGAACACAUUGCCCUACCCCUUUAAUGAAGAAAUCAAAGGAAUUGCCAAGGAUUCUGGCGUUCCCCUGGGAGAGGUUAUCCUGUUCAAUAUUUUCUAUGAGAUAUUCACAGUGUGUACAUCGUUGGUUGCAGAGGAUGCAGAUGGUAACCUGUUCCAUGGACGGAAUUUAGAUUUUGGAUUGUUCAUGGGGUGGGACUUGAAGAACAAGUCCUGGACAAUAACGGAAAAGCUUAAACCGCUGGUGGUGAAUGUGGACUUCACACGGAACAACCGGACUGUCUUCAAAUCCACAAACUUUGCUGGAUACGUGGGUAUGCUGACUGGUAUCAGGCCGCAUUCCUUCACUCUCACCAUGAAUGAGCGCUUCAGCCUUGAUGGGGGGUACAUCGGUAUCCUGGAGUGGAUUAUGGGAAAGAGGGAUGGGAUGUGGAUGAGCUUCCUCACACGGUCGGUUCUGGAAAAUGCUACCAGCUACGAGGAGGCCAGGAACCGGCUGGCCCAGACCAAGCUGCUGGCCCCAGCCUACUUCAUCCUGGGGGGAAACCAGACCGGACAGGGCUGUGUGAUCACCCGCUCCAGAGUGCUCAGCCUGGACAUCUGGGAGCUUGACAAAAAGCUGGGCCGGUGGUAUGUGCUGGAGACCAACUAUGACCACUGGAAGGAGCCCUUCUUCCUGGAUGACCGCAGGACUCCAGCAAUGAAGUGCAUGAAUCAGACCAUGCAGGCAAACAUUUCAAUCAAGACCAUCUACAAUGUUCUUUCGACCAAACCUGUCCUUAACAAGUUGACCACAUACACCACCCUGAUGGACGUGUCCAAGGGCAGACUGGAGUCCUACAUCCGUGACUGCCCCAACCCCUGCUCGCCCUGGUGAAUGGAGGCACUCGCAUGAAGGCCCAAGCACUGACCUGGGAUCACCUGCUCUUGCACACACUGCAGCUGCAAUAGCUGGGUCAUACAAGAAGGGUUUUCUAGGGCUGAUUUGGGAAGCGCUUUGAGUGGUCAUUCUGUGUGGUAACCGAAUCCCACCCCUCCCCUGUGCUACUUCACCCCCCCACCAAAAUUAAACAAGCUCAGAGGAUACACUAGCAAAUCAGUCUGCUUUCUUGUGACAUGGAUUCUAUGGAAGUGUUUCACUCAUUGGACAAAAGCUCUCAGGGGUAGAGUUUCUGGAUUCCUAUUGAUCACAGCAGUCUAAUGGGAAGUCACAUUGUCGGUUUAAAAUGUAGAAUUUUUAAAUUUCCUAAUUUUUUCUAACUUCCUCAAGUAUUCAUAAAUAGCACAUUUAAAGGGAAACAAAAUUAUUUGAUAUGAACUGAUUUGUUAAAGCGACUGCUAAUUGUAACAGAUGGGGUCUUUCAAAUUAUGACAUCAGACAGGUGUUAUGCACUGAAAGCAAUUUGAAAACACUUCCAUUUGUUGAAUUGAAAUUUGAGAUCCAUUUCAGAAUGAUGCUGAAAAGUUGAAAUGACUGUUAAUGUAUAUUAUAACUGGAGGGUCUCGCUCUGUUUUUACAUUGAGUACUGAAUCAGCAACUGUAUGUAGAUUAUCAACUGCACAAAGCUGGGUAUGGCCUGGUGUUGAAGAUAUGGAUAAUGAAAUGUUUGUGAGUGACAGAACCUGUGAGGGCUUAUGGGAAUGGCUGCAUCCUGUGAGACUGACAGCAUACCAUGAAUGCCUUUGUGUUUUGUGGGUGACCUAAACUAACCCAGAGCUUUAACUUUAUAAAUGUACUGCGGGUAUGUUUUUCAAUGAACAGGCCUUACUCGGGAAAAUAAAAGUUUGAUCAAACCA